GAGCUGAGCGCCGAGGAGCAGCAGGUGAAUCAUUAACAGUUCCUAGUUUAUCACCGUCCCAACAGUAAAUAAACUGACAGAUACUGUAAGCGAAAAUGAUACUCUGUAUACCGGUUCCUCUUUCCAAAUUAAAAUAAUAUUAACAGCUCAGAGUGGACAAAAAGACGCCACCACGCCGCCGGAGCCUGGAUUUAGCAGGUCAGUUGCUGUGAGAGAGGGAACCUCAGAGUGGCAGCCAUGUUUUCGGCGGAGGAGAUUCUGUGCAACACGCAGCAGGUGAUCGCCGGGCUGGAGGCGCUGAGAGGAGAGAACCGCAGUCUGUUGGACAACCUGCAGGAGGCGCUGGAGAGCCGGGCGGCGCCUGAGAGCGGCAGCGUGGAGCAGGAGAAGAGCGGCAUCAUCCGCCAAUCACUGGAGAGGAUCGAGCUGGGGCUCAGCGAGGCACAGGUGAUGAUGGCGCUGUCGGCUCAUCUGGGCUCUCUGGAGGCGGAGAAACAGAAGCUGCGUGCUCAGGUGCGGCGCUUCUGUCAGGAGAACCAGUGGCUGAGGGACGAGCUGGCAGGAGCCCAGCAGCGCCUGCAGGACAGUGAGCAGGAGGUGGUGACCCUGGAGGAGCAGAACAGACACCUGCAGUUCAUGUCCUCCAUACGCAAGUACGACCUGGACGAGCCGCAGCUGGAUGACAAAGACGCGUCUUCAACCAAAGAGUCCCUGGAUGACCUCUUUCCUACUGAGGAUGAGGAGCAGUCACAGAUGUCCCAGCCUCACCACAGCAGUGCAGCGGCGGCAGCGCAGCAGGGGGGGUACGAGAUCCCCGCCCGGCUGCGCACCCUGCACAACCUGGUCAUCCAGUACGCCUCCCAGGGCCGCUACGAGGUCGCUGUGCCGCUCUGCAAACAGGCUCUGGAAGACCUAGAGAAGUCCUCAGGUCACACACACCCAGACGUAGCCACCAUGCUGAAUAUACUGGCGCUGGUGUACAGAGAUCAGAACAAAUACAAAGAAGCAGCCAACCUGCUGAACGAUGCGCUGGCCAUCAGAGAGAAAACUCUGGGGAUGGACCAUCCCGCUGUGGCAGCAACGCUCAACAACCUGGCAGUGCUUUAUGGGAAAAGAGGAAAAUACAAAGAAGCAGAGCCGCUGUGUAAAAGAGCUCUGGAGAUCAGAGAGAAAGUGUUGGGCACUGAUCACCCCGAUGUGGCCAAGCAGCUGAACAACCUGGCCCUGCUGUGUCAGAACCAGGGGAAGUACCAGGAGGUGGAGCAGUACUACGAGCGCGCUCUGCACAUCUACCAGAGCAAGCUGGGCCCAGACGACGCCAACGUGGCCAAGACCAAGAACAACCUGGCAUCGUGCUAUCUGAAGCAGGGGAAAUACAGACAAGCUGAGUCUCUGUACAAAGAGAUCCUGACCCGAGCACAUGAGAAGGAGUUUGGAUCUGUGGAAGGGGACGGUCGUCCCAGCUGGUCCGGGGCAGAGGACGGUGGGGCGGGACAGGACGGGCUCAGUAACCUGAGGCGCAGCGGAUCCUUCACCAAACUCAGAGAGUCGAUACGGAGGAGCAGCGAGAAGCUGGUCCGCAAGCUGAGAGGAGUCGGAAUAGAGGACAAUAUUCAGAGCAACGCUGGGAUGAAGAGAGCGAACUCUCUGAAUGUGCUGAAUGAUCGGGACCGAGAGAGUCAGGACGGGGCCCAGUCGAGCCGCUUGGCAGAUGUUCGAGGACUGAGCUCCAGCACACAGAGCCUGACGAGAAGAGGCUCACUGGGUGGUACCAGUUAACACACACACACACACACACACACACACACACACACACACACACACACACACACACACACACAC